UUGUAACCAAUCAAAAGAUAGGGUAUAUUCCAGAAGAUUCCCGCGAAAAUUUGCAACGAGUUCUAGCGUUCUAGACAGUUCUUAGAAAAGAAUAUAAAAACUCUUUUAAAGUUCAAGAUGCCAAUAACAAGAAGUAGAAACAAGAAAAUAAAGUGUAAAUUAAAAGAUACAAAUACUACUAAUCAAGAAAAAUAAAGAUGGCAAAAGCAAUUGGUAUUGAUCUUGGCACAACUUACUCCUGCGUUGGAGUUUUUCAACACGGUAAAGUUGAAAUCAUCGCCAACGAUGCUGGUAAUCGAACCACACCGAGUUAUGUCGCAUUUAACGAGAACGAACGGCUAAUCGGAGACGCAGCAAAAAAUCAAGUAGCGAUGAACCCUUCAAAUACUGUAUUCGACGCUAAAAGAUUGAUAGGUCGAAAGUUUGAUGACUCAACUGUUCAACAAGACAAGAAGCAUUGGCCAUUCGCAGUUGUUAAUCGAAAUGGAAAACCAAAAAUAAAGGUUCAAUACAAAAACGAAGACAAAGAGUUUUUUCCAGAAGAAGUUUCUUCCAUGGUAUUGACAAAGAUGAAAGAAACUGCAGAAAACUUUCUUGGAGAAAAAGUUACAGAGGCUGUUAUAACAGUACCAGCUUACUUUAACGACUCUCAAAGACAAGCAACGAAAGACGCCGGAGUUAUUGCAGGAUUGAACGUUCUUCGAGUUAUCAAUGAACCCACAGCAGCAGCUAUUGCUUAUGGUUUAGAUAAAACUUUAAAUAGCAAAGAACAGCAUGUCUUAAUAUUUGAUUUGGGCGGAGGAACAUUUGAUGUUUCAAUAUUAAGUAUCGAUGGUGGAAUUUUCGAAGUGAAGUCAACAGCAGGAGAUACGCAUCUUGGUGGCGAAGAUUUUGAUAAUAAUCUCGUUAAUCAUUUUAUUAAGGAGUUUCAACGUAAGCACAGAAAAGAUAUCAGCGGAAACAAACGAGCAGUAAGACGGUUACGAACGGCUUGCGAAAGAGCGAAAAGAACACUGUCGUCGUCCACUCAAGCAAAUAUUGAAAUCGAUUCCUUGUAUGAAGGUAUCGAUUUCUUUACGUCUAUCACAAAAGCCAAGUUUGAAGAAAUCAAUGGAGAGUUAUUUAAAAAGACAUUGGAACCUGUGCAAAAAGCGUUAACCGAUGCAAAACUUCAAAAAUCACAAAUCGAUGAAAUCGUUUUAGUUGGAGGCUCCACCCGAAUACCGAAAGUUAAAGAAAUGUUGAGCAAUUUCUUUAAUGGAAAGGAACUUUGCAAUUCAGUGAAUCCAGACGAAGCUGUUGCGUACGGAGCUGCGAUUCAAGCCGCCAUCUUAAAGGGAGAUAAAAACGAAGCAGUACAAGACUUACUGUUACUCGAUGUGGCUCCACUGUCUCUUGGUAUUGAAACUGCUGGAGGUGUGAUGACUCCCAUCAUCAAACGAAACACAACAAUCCCAACAAAGAGAACCCAAGUGUUCACCACAUACUCGGAUAAUCAGCCAGGUGUUUCCAUUCAAGUUUACGAAGGAGAACGGGCAAUGACUAAAGAUAAUCACUUACUCGGAAGAUUUGAACUCUCUGGCAUUCCACCUGCUCCAAGAGGCGUUCCGCAAAUUGAAGUGACGUUUGAUGUUGACGCAAAUGGCAUCUUAAAUGUCGUCGCCAAAGAUAAAAGUACUGGAAAAGACUCCAAAAUAACGAUCAAAAACGACAAAGGACGAUUAUCGCAAGCUGAAGUCGAUCGUAUGGUGGCAGAAGCAGAAAAAUACAAAGACGAAGACGACAAACAAAAAGAAAAAGUCGAAGUGAGAAACAACUUAGAAAGUUAUGCUUAUCAAAUGAAGAAUACAGUGAACGAUUCCAACGUUAAAGAUAAAUUAUCUGAAAACGACAAAGAACUGAUCAUCAAAACAUGUGACGAAGUAAUCAGUUGGUUGGAUUCGCACCAACAAGCAGAAAAAUAUGAAUAUGAAUCCAAGAAGUCCGAAUUGGAACAAAUCUGUCAACCGAUUAUGACAAAACUUCACCAACCUGGAAAUGGAAGUGCUGGCGCACAACAAGGACCGACUGUUGAAGAAGUCGAUUAAAACAAAACAGUUUAAUAAUUUCAUAUAUAAUUUAAAAGUAUAUUUAUUUUGACUCGAUAUUGUAAUUUUUUUAAACAAACAAAAAUGAACAUAACAAAUAUAACAUA